AUGUAAGUCAGACGUCUCUCUCAUCAGGAAACAGAUCCCGAUUUUACCCCUCAUGCUACGAUCUUUAUUACUCGUAUAGUGGAUAACUGACUUUCUCCCAACACUUGCAUUUGCACCCUGGAGAGAAGGAGUUCUGGAAACUGAACCACUUGCAAAAGCAUCAUUCCGAAAACAUUGUGUCAUUAUUGGUGCACUAAACGCAAUGGAGCCCGCCUUUGGGGAGGUGAAUCAGCUAGGAGGUGUUUUUGUCAAUGGCAGACCCCUACCUAAUGCCAUCCGGUUGAGGAUUGUAGAACUUGCACAGUUGGGCAUCAGACCUUGUGACAUCAGUAGACAACUGCGGGUUUCCCAUGGUUGUGUGAGCAAGAUUCUGGCCCGCUACAACGAGACUGGUUCCAUCUUACCUGGAGCCAUCGGAGGCAGUAAGCCCAGGGUGACGACCCCGACCGUGGUUAAACAUAUCCGGACAUACAAGCAAAGGGACCCCGGCAUCUUCGCUUGGGAGAUCCGGGACCGACUUUUGGCUGACGGUGUGUGCGAUAAAUUCAACCUCCCCUCAGUAAGCUCCAUCAGCCGGAUCCUUCGCAACAAGAUCGGGAAUCUGUCCCAGCAGAAUCAUUAUGAAUCGAACAAGGCGGUGCACCACCCUCCACCGCAACCUACUCUCCCGUACAAUCAUAUCUACUCAUACCCAAGUCCCAUCGCUGGAGCUGGUGCUAAAGUGCCAACUCCUCCCGGGGUACCAGCCAUUCCAGGACACAUGGCUAUGCACAGGAUAUGGCCUUCUUCACAUUCUGUUACCGAUAUUCUGGGCAUCAGAUCAAUAACAGAGCAACAAAUUAGUGACAGUUCUUCCUAUCCCAGCGCCAAAGUAGAAGACUGGAGCUCAUUGAACAGAAGUAAUUUUCAUCCACCAAGCUCACCUGUAGUCAAUGGCAUGGAUAAAGCCCAGUUAGAACAAGAAGCCAAACAUGCACAGACGCUGAAUGGAUUGCCCACAGUGAACAGCUUUGUCUCGGCACCCAGCAUGGCGCCCUACCACCAACCAACCCAAGUGUCACCCUACAUGGCGUACAGCGCCACCACGUCGGGCUAUGUGACAGGUCACACAUGGCAGCACCCCAGUGGCAGUGCUCUCUCUCCCCACAGCUGUGACAUCCCAGCAUCGAUGCGCUUCAAAAGCAUGCUGACAGCCAGAGAAGGUAGCCACCCUGUCACUGCCUCAGCUCUCUAACAGAAAUUCCCCACUGAAAACAAUUUUGGGGGGCCCACACUUGGCACAACGAGGUGUCCACUUUUUUGGCUUCUCUGAUUCAAUGAUUCUAACACCCUUUGAGGACCUUCAGAAAGUUUUUUAAAUACACCCUGUUUUGAGCGCAACAGAGGUUGUGCCCAGUCCAAUUCCCAAUCCAAGUGGCCUCCAAACUAGAGCAGCGCUAUAGAGGAAGUCUACCUGUGAAUUCCAUAUUUGAGCACUGGACUUUUACAAUUGUACGGAAGCACAUGUUAUACACAGAUAAUGGUACAAAGAACAUAUUUGAUGUCUCAUUAGAAAGUAGUAGUGAUGGUAUGAUCAAAGUGUUUAUGUGAAGGUGACCUGAUAGAUUGUACUGUGUGGAAUACCGGUACACAAAAACAGAAUAUUUUGUUCUUAGCCUUUGUGCACUUAAGCCAUAAUGUAACCUUCCUUCCAUAAAUCAGUUUAGUAAUAUCAUAUUUUUGCACACCCGGUACUGAUGGGUUUAAAGUUCAAAUUUGAUUUUAAGGUUACCAAAACAAACAAAUAAUCAAACAAAACAACACUUAAGAGAACUUCUUUUGAUUUUGAAUUCAGUUUCCUGAAAGGGUUACAGGUACUUGGUCCAUUUUGGAUUUUUGUUUUCACAAGGUCACACUUAUUUAUUAUGGGAUCAUAAUGAACAUUGCAAAUUAAGUGCAAUUAUGGAUGUGCGACACCAAGCAAAGGUUUUAUAUCCAGUAUACUAGUUAGUCGCCUGUCUGCAAACUUUGUAUGCCACCAUCAGAUUGUAUUUAAUGAAGAACAGUGAUACCAAGAUUGUUUUAAUCUGAUUAUGCUCAGUUGCUUUCUAAAAUCCACCUUUACGGAGUAUUUUACAGCGACAGCCCAAACCCAAAGUGUAUUACAUGUAAAUUAAGAUUUACAGCACAUUUUGAAUGCAACAGCAGGAAUUGGUAAAAUACUACGGGUAUUAGUGAUGCAGUCUACUGUAUUUAAAACCUUUGUUUGCAUGCAAGAACAACAUUAACUUGCACAGAAAAUAAAAGGUACAAAGAUUGCAUGAAAGCUAUAAGUGACAUGGUCUAUUUAUGUGUAAAUACCAUAAUGUAAUUGUGAAGACUGUUUAGCAGAAAGACUGUGGUGGUCGUUUUUGAUUUCUAAGCUGUACUUGACUGAGGUUAAACGAUAAUGUAUCUGAUGUUGUUUGUAAAUACAAAGGACCAAAUUUAUUUUCUUAAACUGCUGUUAAGUCUCUGCUUCACUUUACUGUCCCCAACUCCCUUUCUACAACUUUACUCCUCCCUGUUUUGCAAAGGUGGUGGGUGGCCCGAACACUUCAAACCUGCUCUCCUCUCUCUAUGUUAAUACAGUGCUACAUUUUAUUUUGAAAUGGAAAAGGCAUUUGAAGCUUUUUCUUUUUUUAAAAGGACAUUUUCUUUCUUUAGCAGAUCGACAGAAAAAAAAAUUAGCCAAGUAAAUCCCUCGGCCAAAAGCUGGACCAUUGACACCACAAGGGUGCAAAAAGAAAUUAAAUGAGCAAUUAAUAGAACUGUUAGAGGUUCCAUAAUUCAAUGCUUUUGUUUGAAACCUCUAAUAGGGGUUCCCAAUAUGAAGUAUUACAUUGUGGAAGUCUCAAUUCUUCUUCUAGAAAUUCUAAUCAAUAUAAUGUGUCCAGUAAAUACAUUCUUUUUUGAAUGCUGUUUCACAAAGAAAUAUGGCCCUGAAAUCAUUUUUUAAAAUUAUUUAUCAUUCUUUAAAAUACUGCAUACUUUAACAGAAUGCAAACAAGACAAAUGACUGGAAAAUACCUGAACAUCAAUUGAGAUAAUGCCUUUUUUAUAUAUACAUACUUGUUUAAUUAAUUAUCCAUACAUUACCUUAAUGUGAACUAAAUGUGGACCAAACGCAGAUUUUUGCCAACACCACUGUGAAACUGAGCUGCCUUAUCCUUUCUGGCCAACAUUUCCUGAAUAUAUUUAAGUAGAAAUACUCAUUUCCAGCUUUUCCUUUAAUAUAUAGCUUUAAAUGAAUGUAAAGGUAGCUCGCUGUAAAGUUUACAUUGAUGUAAAUAUUUAUUUGUGUGCAUGUAUACUGGUGGUGGUGCUGAGUACCGAGUUAUUUAAAUGUAAUUCGUUAUUAUUUUUAAUAUAAUUUCUGCGUUUUUUUUUUUUUU